AUGAUAAUAAUAAUAAUAAUAAACUNGAAAACUUUAGAUGAAGAAAGAAAGAUACGCGAAGAAGCAGAGAGGCGCCUUCAUGGCAGCGAGCAAAGAUCACAUGAACUCGAGUUGUCUUUGGCUACAGAAAGACGAGAAAAAGUAGAAACAGAGACACGCCUUCGUAGCUUAGAGCAGAGAGCACAUGAAUUGGAGACAUCCUUGGCUACAGAGAGACAAGCACUCGAGGAAACAAAGAGACGCCUUCGCAGGAGCGAGCAGAGAUUAGAAGAAUCUGAGACAUCUUUAGAUCAAAAAACACAAGCACAUCAAGAAACAGAGAGACGCCUUUGUAGCUUAGAGCAGACAUCACAUGAAUUAGAGACAUCCUUGGCUACAGAAAGAGAAGCACAUGAGGAAACUGUGAGAUGCCUUCGUUUAAAUCAGCAGAGAUUAGAAGAACUUGAGACAUUUUUAGUUGAAGAAACACAAGCACACCAAGAAACAGAAAGUCACCUCCAAAGCAGCGAGGAAAGAUCACAAGAACUUGAAACUACGCUGACCACAUUACGACAAACCUAUGAAGCCUACCGCAGAUCAAGAGAGUCGACACGGGAUUGGGUCUUACGUCGGGAUGAAGUAAUACUGUCUGAUAAAGUAAUUGGUAUCGGUGCAUGGGGCGAAGUGAAAGAAGGAACAUUUCGUGGAUGUAAAGUUGCUGUGAAAAACAUUCAUCAGCUUAUUCUAUCUGAUCACAACAGAAGGCUGUUUGAACGGGAGAUGAAUGUGGCUUCAAGAUGUCGUCAUCCUUGUCUUCUUCAGUUCAUUGGUUCAACCAACGAUGACCAAAGUCCUCUAUUUGUGACUGAACUACUGGACACUAGUCUAAGAGCAGUUUUACAUGAUCGUGCAUUAGAACCUCCUGAGAUCACGACCAUAGCUCUGGAUGUUGCCAAAGAGCUAAACUACUUACAUCUCAGCCACCCUGCUCCAAUCAUUCAUCGAGACAUCAGCAGUGCUAAUGUGUUGUUAUGGAAACACGUCACAAUUUGGCGAGCCAAAGUCUCUGAUUAUGGUACGGCCAACUUCCUGCAGCAGUCCAUGACGGUUAGUCCUGGUGCUGUGAUYUACUCUGCUCCUGAGGCACAGACGUCCAGACAAUCACMWAAGGUAGAACCUGCAUGUCGAGCUGUGCCGAUAUACACUUGAACCACAUUAAAGUAAAUGAUAUAUAUAAUUUCUCUUAUUUUCUACAGCUUGAUGUGUACAGCUUUGGAGUUCUGCUGUGCGAGAUGAACGUUCGUGAAAUGCC